AUGUCCUCGGCAUGUAUCAUAUGCCAUAAGAGAAAGGUUAAAUGCGACUUCGCGACGCAGGACCCAUGCACCAACUGCAAAAAGUCCGAUGUGGAGUGCAGGCCAUAUACAAGAAAGCGCAAGAGGUUCACCAACAGCCUGUCGCCAGGACGGAAUGCUUCAAUCUCUGCGUUGAGUCAGACUCCGCGGAGCUCACAGCCCGUCGCCUCAGAGCAAACCUCACGGCGCAUAUCAUCCAGCAGGCCUGCUGAGCCAUUGAACAAUGCAACCCUGCCAAGCAAUGAGCCUUUCAUCAAGGAAGAGAGCUAUCGCGGCCGCAGCGAGUAUCUAGGCGGCAGUGUCCCCUUCGAUGAAAAUAUGGUCAAACCCGGUCGCGAGACCACAUACACCAACCCCAAAGCCUCAACAACAGACCUGCAGAUGCUCCGCGACCAAGGCGCAUUUGAGGUCCCACCUUUAUCCGUUCAAAAUGAAUUAAUGGCCAGUUUUCAUGCACACUGUGCACCCUGGACACCAGUCGUUGACCCCAAAUGGCUAGACGAGAGCACACCACCGUCUAUGCUGCUCCUUCAAGCAAUCUUUUUAGCCGGAAGUAGAGUAUCCAAAGCCCAUUUGGACUACGGGUCUAGUGAGGUGUUUUAUCGACGCGCCAAGCUGCUUUUCUUCUUUGGUGGAUGCGACCAUCCACUGAUUUCUAUUGUCGCUGCUUGUCUCCUGCAUUGGUAUAAUCCUGUUGGACCCGAGGAUGUCUCAACUGAUACCAGUGGCUUUUGGAUUCGAACCGCUGGCGCGAUGGCGUUUCAAAUCGGACUGCAUAAAGAGCCACCGCCCAAUUCUCGCGAUCGGGGUCUUCGCCGGAGGCUGUGGUGGUCUUUAGUGGUGCGAGAUAAUAUUAUCUCUGUCGGUGUUGGCCGGCCACGGACUAUCAACCUGCGGGACAGCGACGUGCUUCCGCCGUCCCUUAAUGAUUUCCCUGUGAACAACUUCAAAGCGCAACUUUUCCUAGCUUACUGCACAAUAGCUCGUCUUCUGGGAGACACAGUCGAAUCUCAUCUACGGCAAGAAAUCUCUCGUCAAAGACAAGUCGAUCUCGAGAAUGCUGUCUACAGAUGGGCAAAGCAGGCUAUUCCCAAGCUGCAAGCCAGUGUCGCCGUCCAAGAAGAUGCAGAUAUUUGUAAUUUGGAAGUCCACCAACUAUUGGUGAUGUAUUUCGUGGUACUCACGAUUUUACAUCGCUCACCGACACCAAAUAGUGUACCACCCGCAGCAUCGCUGGUCGCAUCUUCAUUUAUUGCUGGAAUAUAUGAAGAGUUCCUGCUUCGAGACGAACUCAGAUACCUGGGCCCAGUCUUCGCUUUCUAUCCUCUAUGUGCCGGCCUCUCACUUCUCUCCAGCUGUCGCUACACACACCUCCAGAGCACAGCCGAACAUGAAUUAACCGUCAUGAAGCUCGCCCUCCAAAAGCUAUCUGAGCGGUGGCUUUCGGCAGUCGGCCCCCUGCGCGCGUUGAACAAACUCACCGGUAAAGUCCGAGAACUGGGUCCAUUCGAUGGUCCCUCACCUACAGUUGACUCAGACGCAGCCUCAUUCUUCGAAGGCUUCGACACGAAAUUGUGCAAGCAAUGGCGGCUGAUCGGGCAAUCAUCAGAACCGAAUGGCAACAUGGGCAUUGAGCCGACAUGCUCUUUAGCGGAAAUCCAAGAUCCAAAUGAUACUCUUCGGUCACUUGAUGACCAGCCGGGACAAGAUAAUUAUGAUAUUGCGGCUCUUGAUGUUAGUCUUGACCCAUUUAGCAACAACUGGGAAGGGGCUGGGUUUGACUGGAGUGGUUCUUGGCUGCUCAAUGUUUGA